UCCAAAGCGAUUUACAAUAAAACCUGUUGUCGUUUAUGUAUGGGUGGUGACGGGAAUCGAACCCAUUACCCUGGCGUUGCAAGCGUCAUGCUCUAUCAACUGAACUACGAAGGAGCACUUCAACGUCAAUAGAAUGUUGACAAGCAAUUUUAAAGGAUUCUAAAAACCUGAGAACAAUCGACUGGAAAAUGCCUGGGUGCUUUUCAAGACUGGCGGAGAGAGUGCGUGGACGUCUGCGGCCUACUGCGUCGACAGGUUGUUCAAACUCAUUUGUGGCUUGUUUUUCUUGUCUUUUUCUGUUUUGCAGGGUUCGUGAUCGUCGACAGAUGGACUGCGACUUAGAAGCGCAAACAACUGUCCUGGAUGAGGUCCAGUUGGAUGUGCCAUUGGAAGAUGUUCCACAGCUGCCAGUCCUCCUUGAUGUCCAGAAUGCUGCUAUCAUCCUUGAGGAUGUGCCAGAUGUGCAGACUAUCCUUGAGGAGGCCACUGGCAAUUGGCAGUUGAUUCUGAUUAGGUUCAGCCCCCUGUAUUGUGGGCCUGUUGUGAUCAGGAACAAUGCCGGUCCGGUGGUUAUAGCUUGGAGAACUUUCCAGUUCAUCAGCCCCAUCAUCACCUACAUGCGUGGGGGAUCCCAGCAGGUGGUGGUGAGGAUGCACCACGUGAGUAGGGUGACAGGCCUGGAGACUCAACUGGUGUGGGCCAUCUCCAAGGAGACAGCCAGGCUUAGUCCAGAGGGCAUCCCCUACUGUGCCACCAAAGUGCAGUCCAUCACUUGGAUCCAGCGUGUGGCUGGCAGGGUGACCCACUAUGCGUCUCACCUCUGCCACGAGACGUCUGUGGACGUGACGCUUGGCUGCUACCAGCAGACUGAUGUCUCAGUGGUGUACACCACUCUCCACAUGGGGCUGGACGGGCUUCUCUCCUCUUCAGCGUGGUCGGAGGCUGCCUCCUUCUUACGCCCACCACUCAGCACUUCACUGACUCAGAGCCUGAGGGCCACAACUGCCAUGAGGUCAGACGUUACACACACAUACUAUUGA